AUGUCGAUUCCUAGAGAGUGCACUGUGUUGGUAGUGGGCGGCGGACCCGCUGGGUCGUAUGCUGCUUCGGUCCUUGCCCGCGAAGGCAUCGACACGGUCGUUUUGGAGGCAGAUACAUUCCCCAGAUAUCACAUCGGCGAAAGCUUGCUACCAUCUAUGAGAUAUUUCCUCGAUCAUAUUGAUCUAUACUCCAAGUUCGACAGUCACGGUUUCCAGAAAAAGAAAGGGGCCGCAUUCAAAUUUCUGUCGACUUUGCCCAGUGACGAGUAUACCGAUUUUAUCGCCUCCGGUGGAGCUGGCCAUCAUGCCUGGAAUGUCGUCCGCUCGGAGGCAGAUAACAUCCUGUUCGAGCAUGCCGGCGACAGCGGCGCAAAGGUUUUUGACGGUGUUAAAGUGAACACGGUCCAAUUCGCACACCAGCACACCACAGAGGGCUUCUCAGUCCAUGACGAAGACCAAGUCGGUCGCCCAGAUUCUGCUUCCUGGUCACGCAAGGACGGUAGCACCGGAGAUGUUCGAUUCGAGUAUCUUGUUGAUGCGUCUGGGCGAGCAGGCCUACUUGCGACCCGAUAUAUGAAAAUCCGUCAUUACAACCAAGGUCUCAAGAGUACCGCCACCUGGGGUUAUUGGGAGGGUGCUGGAAAAUACGGCGAGGGAACCCAUCGCGAAGGAGAUCCUUACUUUGAGGCGAUUAAAGAUGGAAGCGGGUGGGUGUGGUUUAUCCCACUGCACAACAACACGACAUCAGUUGGAGUCGUCAUAAGGCAAGACCGUCUUGCUUCCAGGAAGCGAGCGAAGUCUAGUGCCGAAUUCUACCAACAAGCCGUGGAGGACACUCCCGGAAUUGCCCGACUCCUCCAGAAUGCACGUCUCACGUCUGAGCUCAAGUCCGCAUCUGACUGGUCGUAUCAUGCCUCCGCCUAUGCCGGGCCAUUCUUCCGCAUCUGUGGUGAUGCGGGCUGCUUCAUUGACCCGCUCUUUUCAUCCGGUGUGCAUCUUGCAAUUGCCAGCGGUCUCUCGGCAGCCGUAACGAUCUGUGCCGCACGAAAAGGAGACUGUAGCGAGGCGGAGGCAGGCAAUUGGCACACGCGGAAGGUUGCUGAAGGAUAUACUCGAUUCCUGCUGAUAGUGACUAGUGCUCUGAGACAGAUUUAUGGAACCGAGGAGCAUGUGCUGAAUGAGCUCGGCGAGAGUGACUUUACCCGAGCUUUCGAGAAUUUCAAACCGAUCAUUCAAGGUCAUGUCGAUCUUGAAGGCAAACUAAACCAGGAAGAGAUUGAUAGAGCUGUGGAGUUCUGCGUUCAUGUGCUGCAAAAGGCAGACCAGUUCGGUGGGCCAGCCCUGGAAUCGGCAAGAGAACUGGGAAUAGUUCACAAAGGCUUUGCUGGAGGCGUCGGCAAGGAGAAAGUCGGUGGUGAAACGCUGAAGAAGAUUGUUCACAUGGCCCGUGGUGGUAACAGUGUCGACGAGUUCAGGACGGACGUGAUCAACGGAAUGGCCCCGAACAUAAGCCGUGGAAGACUCGGUCUUGUCAAGGUCGAUACAGCAUGA